AUCCGUGCGUACGGAGCGGAAUCUCCCCAGCCGUUCUGUCAGCUUACCGUCUGAGCUAAAGGCUAAGGCUAAUAGGCCGACGAGUUCUGAGAAGUGAGGAAGUGGCUGCUCCUCCUUCCAUCUGCUUCUUCCUCGGCCACUUCUGCUAAGCCGCCGAUGAGAACAUGGAGAACCUCAUCAUCCCCAGCAAGUCGAAGCCCCCGGCCGUGUCCCUCCAGCACCGGCAAGACCGCCCCCCGGAAUUCACGUCCAGGACCGCCGUCUCCCUCCCCAGAAAGGCCAACCCCCUCCGCACCCGCCUGGCUUCCCUCUCCCAUAAGGGCCGCCUCGUGGAAGCCGUUGAAGCCCUCGACUUCCUAGCCAGGACCGGGCUCAAGAUAAACCCCGACACGUACACGGACCUGCUCGACCGUUGUAUCGACGAGAAUUCUCUCCACCUUGGCCGGAGGCUGCAUUCGUUGAUCCACCUCGUGGAGGUCCCUGCCCCUUUCGUGGAGACCAAGCUCGUGAGCAUGUACGCGAAAUGCGGGUCCUUGGAGGAGGCCCGGAAGGUGUUCAAUGGAAUGCGCGAGAGGAACCUGUUCACUUGGUCCGCGAUGAUUGGUGCUUUCUCGAGGGAUGGGCGGUGGAGGGAAGUUGUCGGGAUGUUUUAUUCGAUGAUGGUGGAGGAUGGUGUCUUACCUGAUGAUUUCCUAUUCCCGAAGAUAUUGCAGGCUUGCGGGAACUGUGAGGACUUUGAGACUGGGAAAUUAAUUCAUUCGCUGGUGAUUCGAGGCGGGAACUGUAGGUCGGCUCGGGUCAUUAAUUCGGUCUUGGCAGUCUAUGCAAAGUGCGGGAAAUUGAGCUUGGCGAGGAGAGUUUUCGAGAACAUGGAAGAGAGGGAUGUGGUGAGUUGGAACUCCUUGAUUUCAGGGUAUUCUCAGAAUGGUCAGAACAGUGAAGCCCAUAGGCUUUUCAAGGCCAUGGUAGCAGAGGGAACCGAACCAAGUCUGGUCACUUGGAAUGCUCUCAUUGCGGGGCACUGCCAGUCAGGGAACUGCGAUGUAGCCAUGGAACUGAUGAAGGAAAUGGACAGUGCCAAAGUAUUCCCCGACGUGUUCACUUGGACUUCAGUUAUAUCGGGAUUUGCCCAGAACGGGAGGCAGAUUCAGGCACUAGAUCUAUUUGGAGAGAUGGUUCUGGUUGGAGUUGAACCAAAUGGAAUCACCUUAGCAAGUGCUAUCUCGGCUUGUGCUUCCCUGCAAGCCCUGGACAAGGGCAAAGAAAUCCACUCAGUGGCUCUUAAGUUAGGUCUCGGGGAUAAUGUACUUGUUGGGAAUUCCCUCAUCGACAUGUACUCAAAGUGUGGGGAACCUGAAUCUGCUCAGAGGGUCUUUGAUUCCGUCCAUGAGAAAGACAUCUACACAUGGAACUCUAUGAUUGGAGGCUACUUUCAAGCGGGUUAUUGCGGGAAGGCCCAUGAAAUCUUCCUGAAAAUGCAGGAGUCAGAUGUGCUGCCGAACAUAAUUACUUGGAAUGUAAUGAUUUCUGGAUAUAUGCAAAAUGGGGAUGAGGACCAAGCAAUCAAUCUUUUCCAUAAGAUGGAAAAGGAAGGUAAAAUUCGUAGGAACACUGCCUCAUGGAACUCUAUUGUAGCAGGUUACGCCCAAAAUGGGCAGAAGGACAGGGCAUUUGGUGUUCUCCGCCAGAUGCAAUCCGUUGGUUUUUUCCCUAACUGGGUCACAAUCUUGAGCAUCUUACCUUCUUGUGCAAAUUUAAUAUCCGCCAAGAAGGUGAAGGAAAUUCAUGCUUUUGCCGUCCGCCAUGGUUUAUUAUCUAUCCUCCCCGUUGCAAAUUCACUUAUCAAUACUUAUGCAAAGUCUGGUGAUAUAGAAUAUUCAAGAAGAGUAUUUGAUGGGAUUUCUCGUAGAGAUAUUAUCUCUUGGAACUCAUUGUUCAGUGGAUAUGUCUUACAUGGUUGCUCCCACCUUGUGAUCGAUCUAUUCAACCAGAUGAGAGCUUUGGGAUUUAAGCCGAACAGAGGCACAUUUGUUAGUCUCCUCAAUGCUUAUAGCCGAGUGGGUGCAGCAGAGGAAGGGAUAGAAGUUUUCUCUAGUAUCACCAAAGAGUAUCUCAUAGUACCAGCUUUGGAACAUUACUCAGCUGUGGUGGAUUUGUAUGGCCGUGCGGGAAGGCUCGAAGAAGCCGUGGAGUUUAUUGAGCAAAUGCCAGUAGAACCCGACUCUUCUGCCUGGCUUGCUCUUUUCACUGCUUGCAGAAUUCAUGGAAAUGCUGAUUUGGCCCUACUUGCCGCGGAGCGCUUGCUUGAACUUGAACCUGGAAACGAUUCUUUUCAGCCAAUGAUAUUGAACGCCUUUGCCCUGCAUGGAAAACCAGAGCAUGUGCUGAAGCUAAAGAAGCUUGAAAAGGAUGGCAUAUCAAGACAUACAGUUGGACAGAGUUGGACCGAAAUAAGGAACACUGUCCAUACAUUUAUUUCAACUCCAACAGCGGAGUCGCACUCCAAGCAGCUACUUUCGUGGGUGAGAGAUGUAAAGCAAAAGGCUGAGGCUCUCAAGUCUUGUGAUGGAGGGCUCUGCAUCGAGGAAGAACACAAGGAAGAGAUUGGCGGGAUCCACAGCGAGAAACUAGCGAUUGGUUUUUCUCUACUAAGCAGUCCCCAUCCACCUCGAAGGGUAAGGGUCAUGAAGAACACAAGAAUGUGCGAGGAUUGCCAUAGGAAUGCAAAGUAUGUAUCGAGUACAUUCGACUGCGAGAUAUACUUGAGCGACACCCAGUGCUUGCACCAUUUCAAAGGUGGGAAUUGCUCCUGUAGGGACUACUGGUGAUAUAUAGAAACAAAUGAAACUUGGAAAGUUUGCCUGUAGCAAUUUUGUCAAAGAGGUGUAAUAUUAUUAGUAUCCUUGGCUCAUCAUUUCUAAGAAACGGGAGAGGACUGGAUCAUGCCACCGGAAAGACCAAUGAGACAAUGACGGGCCGUCGAGAACAUCGAGGAGGUUAGAGGGGCAGUUCAUCAGGUUUUGUAUAUUACAUGGGCAAGCUGGAGUUAACUUAUGUUGUAAUUUUUCUGUAUAGAUUUUGACACAGCGAGGAUUGAAGAAACAAAGCCUAAAUCUUCAUUUAGACUGCAAAACAAGCACGCGAUAAAUGAGAACGCUCAAAAUUAAGGCAAAA